AUGGCUGGGAAGCUGGCGCUGUGGGCGCUGGGAGCCCUGCUGCUGUCCGGGUACCUGUGCACGGAGACAGGUGUCGUCCGGGACCAGACGGUGGCUUUGGAGGAGAACGGACCUUUAGGAGACUCGGAUCAGCUUUCGUUCAGACGACACUCGGUUCUGACUCGCAGGAAAAGGAAUAUCUUGUUUCCCAGCGGAGUGAAGCUCUGCUCGCAGGAGACGGUCGACCAAGCCAUCUCCAACCACCUCAGCUACUUUCACCUGAGAGUGUGUCAGGAGACGGUGUGGGAAGCUUUCAAGAUUUUCUGGGACAGGCUGCCGGAUCGAGACGAGUACCAGGACUGGGUGAACCGCUGUAUGGACGGCACGGUCGGCGUCCUGGACAUCGGCAGCUUCUUCAGCCAAUCAGAGGAGCACAGAAGUCUCAUCAGGAGCAGAGUUUCUAUGGCUGCUGCCAUGAACAGUGUGCCCAUCUCCUCAGACUCUCCUCCAUGCAGUUCUGAGUCACCAACCAUUCCGACCGAAGAUUCUGUGACAGAGGUCCUUCCAGGAGAGGACGCCAUCAUCCUUGGAUCAGAAACUGUCACAGUGGGUCAAGACCAACUCCCUCCAGGUUUUGGAGUCCUGACCUGGACCUCUACCCUCUCUCCAACUGAGGGUCUGCCUCAGGAAGCAGCUGCAACACUGCAAACUGGGAUUCCUGUGGAUUUAACCUUUGACCCUGCUGCUGAUGCCAUGCCAGAUGACGCCACUUCACCAAGUCCGACAGGGGGCGCAAGUUCUGAGGAUCUAGCAGAGGUAACACACAAGCCCUUUUAUGGACCGGAUCAGGAGGUGGGGCGACAUGAGAUGGAUCCGGAUAGAGCAGAGGAAGAGGAUAACCUGAUCCAUGAAGAUCUAGAGGAGAGUCAGGAUGUUAGCCCACAAGGUGAGGAACCACCAUCAGAUGUCGUGGUUCAAGAAGUCGCCACUGCUGCUGUUGUGGUUCUUCAAAAGCCGACCGCAGAGACUGCUAGAGACGCUGUUACUGAGCCGGAGUCGGCGACCAUCGAAGUUCCUGCAGAAGUUCUGAUAGAAGAUGUUCAUGAAACAACCUCCAAAGACUUUUUGGUCCCAGAAGUUCAAGAAACUCCAGACAGUUCUUUGGAUAUCAUCACUGAUGUAACUCUGACUUAUGAGGUUAGAGAAGAACCCAUUGAGGUUUUACCAGACACUGUGGUCCAGACCACUUCUCGUGCACCUGAAACAGUGGUUCCUGCAGAACCUGAAGGCGAUAUCCAAACACCAGCAGAAGAGCAUCCAUCAGACGUGACUCUGGAAGCUAGCCAAGAUAUCAGCACACUCACAACUCCAACCGUAGUUCUGAUGACCGACCCAGAAGAGGAGAUAGAGGUGUCGGUGGACAUGACUCCAGAACCAGAACCAGUCUUACACCCAGUAACAGAAGUUCCCUCUCAGGCCUCCAUCCUGACCACAGGUAUGAUGGAAGCUGAAGCUAGUGAAGACACUGGAAAGGACAAGCCAACAACAACAACAGUCGAGGUUACUUCCAAACCUGAACUGACUGACAAAGAUGGAGAUGUGCCAACAACGGAGAACAUUCCACCAGAGGAACCUGUUGUCAUGACACCUGUAGAACCAGAAGAUCUGGACAUCAAAGAUGAAGUUGGAGCUUUUUCUGAAGAUCAGAGAGAAGUAACAGAAGACAGUGAACAGAUUGAGACUGUUGAAGCAGGAGAGGAGGAAGUUACAGCGGAGAGCACUGAUGCUCCAAGGGGUUUCACAACAGAUACAGCAGCAGCAGAAGUCCAACCAGAAGACAGAACCACAGAGCAAGAGGAAGGAGAAACUAGAAAAGAAGCAGCCGGGGCAACAAUCGAAGCUGCAGGAGACGCAGAUAGACCCCAAACACCAACAGAACCUGAAAAGCAAGAAGUACUGAGAGUUCGAGAGGAACCAGAACUUACAGGAGAAAUUUUACAUGAGGAAGAACCUAAAGAGGAAGCAAUCUUAGAAGGAAAACCUACUGAACCUCCUGAACAGGAACCUGUAGAAAAGCCUGAAACCAAAGCAGAACCAGUAAAAAUAGCAGAAUCUGUAGAAGAGCCCAAACCUACAAGGGAACCACAACAUAAUCUAGAACCUGAAAGAGAAGCUACUAAGAUAUCAGAACUAACAGAAGAACCAGUGACAGAGUCCAAACCCAUGCAAGAGAUUAUAGAGAAGCCAUCAGAACCCACAGCAGAACCAACUGAAGUCAAGAAAGACAAACCAGAAACCUCUAGAGAAACCGUACACGAACCUGAACCCAGCAUAAAACUAGGACAAGAACCUGAACCCACACAACCAACACAAGAACUUGAACCCGCAAUAGAACAAGCACAAGAACCAGAACCUAAAGAGAAACCAACACAAGUACAUGAACCUACCAUAGAACUAACACAAGAACCAGAACCCAAAGCAGGACCAAUACAAGAACCUGAACCUACCAUAGAAUUAUCACAAGAACCAGAACCUAAAGAGAAGCCAACACAAGUACAUGAACCCACCAUAGAACUAACACUAGAACCAGUACCUGAAAAAGAACCAACACAGGAAACAGAACCCAUACAAGAAACAAUACAAGAAGAAGAACCUGCUCAAGAACCAGUACAAGAACCUGAACCCACCAUAGAACUAACACUAGAACCAGAACCUACAGAAGAACCAACACAGGAAACAGAACCCAUAGAAGAAACAAUACAAGAAGAAGAACCAGUACAAGAACCUGAUCCCACCAUAGAACUAACACAAGAACCAGAACCUACAGAAGAACCAACACAGGAAACAGAACCCAUAGAAGAAACAAUACAAGAAGAAGAACCUGCUCAAGAACCAGUACAAGAACCUGAACCCACCAUAGAACUAACACAAGAACCACAACCCAAAGAGAAACCAACUAAAGAACUUGAACCCACCAUAAAACUAACACUAGAACCAGAACCUACAGAAGAACUAACACAGGAAACAGAACCCAUAGAAGAAACAAUACAAGAAGUAGAACCCACUGUAAAACCAGCAAUAGAACCAGAGCCCAUAGUAGAUCCAACACAAGAACCAGAACUUGUACAAGAAGAAGAAACUCCAGAACCCACAACAGAGCCAGCACAGGUACCUGACCAAUCAAGAGAACCACCACAACAACCAGAACCCACAACAAAAGUAGCAGAAGAAACAGAAGCGCCUAGAGAACCAACCAAAUAUCCAGAGCUACAGAGUGAACCAGAAGAAACUUCUAGAGAACCAGAAUUCACAGAAGAGGCAAGAACAACAACAGCAUCAACAAUUGAAGUAGAAAUCGUGGAAGAACCCGGACCCAAAAGAGAACCAGCCCAGAGGGAUUCUCUAGAAGAAGUUGUAGAUAAAAAGGAGCCCACAGGAGGGUAUGAAGUAGAAACUGGCCCUAAGGUAGAACCUGAGGAGGAAAUUGAUCCUCCACCAACAUCUGUAGAUGAAACUCAGGAAGCAGUUGGAGGGGAACCAGUGGAGAACCAAGAGGAUGGAACCUUGGAGGAGCAAGAAGGAACCACACCAGAAGUUUCUAAGAAGGCCCAUCCCAAGGACACAGAGGAGAUAUCUCUACCAGCAAAUGAGCGAGAUGGAACAUCUCGACCACAGGCGACUAUAGAACCUCCAAGUGAUUCUGAGGUGGAACUCCCCCCAGAAACAACCAGACAGACUGCCUCCAAACCUGAAGUCCCAGAACAUGCUCCUGGAGAUGAAGUGGAAGUCAUCUCAGAAGGUCCGAGUGAAACAGAACCUGAAGCCCAUCAAGAGGUCAGUUCAGAGGCAGAACUUCCCACCACAGAGGUGGAGAUAGCACAAGCAGCUUCACCUGCAGCUGAAGAAGUCACCCCAGAAUCCACAGCAAAGACUACAGAGGAGGCCACAACCAAGUUCACCAUGGAAACCAACAACGGGAACUUCCCAGAACCAACAGAGGGUCCAUACGAACCAGAAGACAACCUGCUGGGGAACAACGGCUUCCUGUUUGAGGAUGAGCAGGAGAACACGAUCGGGAACGAGAUCGAUGACACGCUGCUGCGACCUCCACGGCCCCUGAAGGACCAGAUGGUCGAGAUGAGGAUCAAGCUGACAGGAGAAACCUACAACGAUGCUCUGAGAGACCCGAGCAGCUUUGAGUACCAGCAGCUGGCCAGACACUUCAAACGCAGGAUUGAAGACGUCUUUGAAGAGCUGCCGGGCUUCAAGAGCAUCUAUAUCGUGGAGUUUAGGCCUCAGAAGGAUCUAGAACGGGGUUUGGUGGUCCAGGUGCACUAUGCCAUCACCCUGGAGGUGGAGGUGGACAGUGGUGGCAUCGCCAAUGACACACUGGACUUCAUCACCCUGCAAAACAACCUGGUGGAGAGAAACUACCCUGGAGCCGCUGAGCAGCCCACCGUCAUCUACACCAUCUCCGACUUCCGCAACUACAUCACCGAGGCACUGCACAAAGACAACUUCAUGACCAACAGCAGCUUGGAGACUCUGGAGAACGCUGAGAACUUGUUGCCUCCCGUCAAACCUACGAGUCGACCAGUUGACACCUAUGAAAACAUGGAUAAUGUCCUAGCAGCAGAGAAGCCUCCUGACCCUCCGAGCCACGAGGCCGACACCAGCGACAUUUUCCUGAAGAAGGAGGACUUCCUGGUGGACACCUUCAACCAAUGGAAAGUUCCACAGAGUGAGGAGGUGAGCGAAAACGAUGUCUUCAUGUUCGAAGAAAGCACAGUUCCUCCAACGUCCACUGAAUUCCAGGAAAAGACCUUCGGCCUAGAGCCGGACACCAAAGACGAGAGUAGUAAUAUCAAAGAUGAGGGGUUCCUCCUCAGUAGCACCUCCAGCCAUCCCAAGGCCCAUCCCAAGGACUCAUCUGCAGCCAGCAUGCCUCCUGUGAAAACUCCCCCUGAGGCUAUCCUCGAGGACAGAUCUGGCUCUGGUUUUUCUGGAGAUGGCUACGAAGCUGAUCCAUUGUGGCAGACUUCCUCAACGUCUGACAUCACUUACAACAGGGGGGAUGGCAGCCUUGAGGUUCUCCCACCACCUGAUCUAGAGGUUGAUACAGAUGAAGACCGGGUUGCUACGCAGACUCCAACCACUAAAAAAGAUGACUUGGUAGCAAAGGGAGAAGAACUGGCAGAGAAAACAACAACUCAGACUUUUGAAGAAUCCUCUUCAGAUGAACUUGUUGAGAAGCCUGUUGUGGAUGGAGACAUGGUGACACCGCACAUCAGUACAUAUAACCAGGAACCAACCACAGCUCAGACCCCUGUUGUCUCACCCAUGGAAACUCUAAAUGUGGAGCUUCGUGUAGAGACAAUGGAAGCAUCAGGACUCUCUGAGGUGGAACCAUUUACUUCUUUGGCACCGGUCACUGAUUCUUUCAAACCUGAAUCUUGGACUCAGGGAGUAGCUGUUUUUGCAGAAUCAACUGAUUCAGGCCUCAAGCUUCAAGAAACAACCAAAAAGAUGAAAGUAACUACUGAAACAGGAGCAGCGCUUCCAGGGGUUACAGUCACAUUGCAAUCCGCUGAAGACUUACAAGAGAAGGACAAGAUGAAAGUCAGUGUUGCACCGCAAGUACCUGAAAACCCUGAUACUGAAACUCUCCCAACCACAGAUCUACCUGAUUUUGAAAAGGUUGUCGAAGGCUUUGACACAACCACUGAUAAGCUGUUAGAAGUCAAGGUCCCCCUUGAAAAACCUGAACCACCCCUGCCAGAAACCAUAACCCAUGAUAAGGUUGAGAUUUUGGAAGAGCAAGAUGUAGGCACCACUAAUACAACAAUGGCAGCACCAAGUUCUGAAGUCCUAGACCAUGACAUGGUUGUGGAUGAGGUCAUGGUUGUCACCACAACAACUGACACUCCAGUCUCAACUCCACCCGUUGCUUCAGUCCACAUCAGCAGCAUUGAGCUCUCACGUGAAAAGGAUUCACCGUUUACUCGAGUUUCUGAUUCAGUUCCAGAGGAUGACGAUAUCUUUCAUCAAACCCAUGAUGAUGUGACUGAGGUCCCAAUAAGUCCUCCACCGUCAGACAUCUCUCAGUCUGUGGUGGUGGAAACAAAAAGUUUUCCAACUGAUGCUGCUGAGGGGUCACCAAGUUCUUCAAUACCGGACCAAGCACAGGGUCCAACCUUACUCAGGCCUUCAGCAGGGAAGGCAGAACCUUCAGGAGGGGAAGUUGAGCCUAAAAGAGUGGAAAUAAAACCUUUGGAAGAGAAAAUAGAACCUUUGGUUGUGGGAGUGGAAGUAGAACGAUUGGCUGUUGAAAUAGACCCUUUGGUCCGAGAAAUCGAGCCUUCAGGACUGGAACUAGAACCUCCUAAAGUUGACGUAGAGCCCUCUGAAAUGGGAGGCAAAAUUCAAGCUUCAGAAAUGGGAGCGAAAGUGGAACUUCCUGGUAUGGAAGUAGAACCAGUGGUAGCAGUUGAUGUGGAACCUUUAGGUGCAGCAAUCAGACCUUCGACAGUGGAAGUUCAACCAUCUGGAGCAGAGCUUUCUGAAAUGGGAAGCAAAGUAGUGGAAGUGGAUAUUGACCUUGCAGGAGGUGAAACUGAACCGUUGGGUGUAGGUACAGAACCAGCUGAAGUAGAAGUACAACUUUCAACAGCUGAAAUUGAUCCUAUUGGUGGGACAAUAAAACAGUCAGGAGUGGAAGUUGAAUUUUCAGGAGCUAAAGUAGAACCCUCUGGUGGAGAAAUAGAGCUUCUGGCAGGUGGAACAAAGCCCUUGGGAGAGGAAAUGCCACCAGGGAGAAAAGUAGAACCUUCUGGAGAAGUAGAACUAUCUGAACAUUUAGGGGGGACAGUAGAACCUACUGGAGGUGAAGGAGAAGCAACUGAAGGCGAAGUAGAACCAUUAGGAAGGGAACUACACCCUUCAGCAGGGGAUGUAAUACCUCUUGGAGAUAAAGUAGAACCACCAGAAGAAGUAGAACCAUCAGGGAGGGAAGUAUACCUUUCAGUAGGGGAAGUAGAACCUUCUGGAGUGGAAGUAGAUCCAUCAGAUGGGGAGGUACAGCCUCCUGGAGGGGAAAUAGACACGAACAUCCUUCAAAUACCAACUUCCCCACUACAGAAAAUCAAUGAGACCACUUCUCUGAUCAAUCUCCAACCUUUCGAACACGAUUUCUCGGAUGUGCCCAGCUUCGACGUCAGCAUCGAUCUGUUCCAGUAUGGUGGCUUGGCAGCCGAAGGUGAGAGCAGUGGCUUCUCCAGCGGAGCUCAGGGCUCGGACCUGGAUGCCAUUGCAUUACCAGUUAGACCAGGUCGAGCUCUGACAGUUUUCUUCAGUCUGAGGGUGACCAACAUGGUGUUCUCCAUGAACCUUUUCAACAAGAGCUCUGCUGAAUACAAAGCCCUGGAACAACGGUUUCUACAGCUGCUGGUUCCGUACCUACAGUCGAACCUGAACAACUUUCAGAACCUGGAGAUCCUCAACUUCAGGAACGGCAGCAUUGUUGUGAACAGCAGGAUGCGGUUCGGGAAACCAGUUCCUAGGGGCGUCGACAAUGUAAUCUACUUGAUCCUGGAGGACUUUGCCAACAAUGCCUACCAGACCAUGAAUCUAGCCAUCGACAAGUACUCGCUUGAUGUUGAAUCAGGUGAUCGGGCAGAUCCCUGUAAGUUCCAGGCCUGUAACGAGUUUUCCAAGUGUAUGGUUAAUCAGUGGUCGGGCGAGGCCGAGUGUGUGUGCGAUGCUGGCUAUCUAAGCGUGGAUGGCCUACCAUGUCAGAGCAUCUGUGAGGUCCAACACGACUUCUGUCUCAACGAUGGCAAAUGUGAUAUUCUCCCUGGCAAGGGCGCCAUCUGCAGGUGUCGGGUUGGAGAGAACUGGUGGUAUCGUGGUGAACACUGUGAGGAAUAUGUCUCUGAGCCGUUGGUGGUAGGCAUUGCCAUUGCCUCUGUGGCUGGUUUCCUCAUGGUGGCGGCUGGUAUAAUCUUUUUCCUAGCAAGGACGCUGAGAGAACAGUAUAACCAGGAGGACACGGAGGACCCUAUUAGGAGGGGUGAAAGCAUGCCGAGUCUGGAGCAUGCCACUAAGUUCAACCCAAUGUUUGAGAAUGACCCCAUCAGCGCUCAGUAUUACCGCCGCUAUGAUGACAACGUGCCCCAGUACCACCACUGCUGUGACUCCAGCCUCCCCCAGUAUGCCUCCAGAGACGUGCACAGUGCCGACAUACAAAACAUUUACCAAAACACAUCACUCACCAGAGAGGAGAUCCAGGAACGUCUCAGAAUAAUCGAGUUAUGCUCCAGAGAUCAGCACUUUGCAGACUUUGUGCGACAGACUCAAGUGUGA